GUUCGUUGAAGGAAUACUUCAAAAGGUAGAUUGAGUUUUCGGGUUGGUUGGAUUUGUCGACCGAAUUAUUUACCAGUGUUUACUUUCAGUUUAUUUGAAAAAUUCAGUGAUAAUUUAUAAGUGUAAUAAUUUUCUCAGCGAACGAGUCCGCAUUGGCGACCGUACUGUUAAAAGUUCCCCGAGAUGUUUAUAGACGAGAACGAGACACCGGAGUCGUGGUGGGUGUCUGCGGUGCUGCAGACCAUCCGAGCAGUAGUCCUCGUCUAUGACGUCAUCACAUUCCCCAUUCACCUGAUAGUGCAGUGGCCAUGGAGAAAACGCGCCUUGUCACGUCGAAUAAAGGCCCACAUUAUAGAAUCUUCGGACAGCAGCUUCACGGUCCGGUCGCUGACGGAGCCAUGCGAACUGCACCAGCGGCUGGUGCGCGACCAGGUGACCACCAUGGAGAGCAUGCUGCGAGCGGCCGCCGCGCGCUGGCAGAACCGUCGCUGUCUGGGCACCAGGAUCGUGCUGAGCGAGGAAGAUGAGCCGCAGCCUAACGGCAGGGUCUUCAAAAAGUACAAAAUGGGCGACUACGUGUGGCGAUCGUCAAUCGAGCUGGAGAAAGAGGCGAAGAACUUCGCGGCAGGUCUAAGGGAGCUGGGCUGCCAGCCUCGCAGGAACGUGGUGAUGUUUGCGGAGACACGAGCCGAGUGGAUGGUGGCGGCUCACGGCUGCUUCAAACAGAGCAUACCAGUGGUCACAAUAUACGCGACGCUCGGUGACGACGCCAUAGCGCACGGCAUCAACGAAACCGAGGUGUCGACGGUGAUCACCUCCCACGACCUGCUGCCCAAGUUCAAGAAGAUCCUCGCGAAGACUCCUCACGUCGACACCAUCAUAUUCAUGGAGGACCAGCUCAAGAGCACCGAUAGAGAGGGCUUCAAGGCGGGCAUCAGGAUCGUUAGUUAUAAAGAGGUCUUGGAGAAGGGGCAGCAAUCCCGAAUUGAGAUGGUGCCGCCCAAGCCCUCGGACACGGCCAUCAUAAUGUACACGUCGGGGUCGACGGGAGUGCCCAAGGGUGUGGUGCUGUCCCACCGCAACAUGAUCGCCACGCUCAAGUCGUUCGCGGACGCCGUGCCGAUGUACGACGACGACGUCCUCAUGGGCUUCCUGCCGCUGGCGCACGUGUUCGAACUACUAGCAGAGAGCCUCUGUCUCAUUGGAGGAGUACCAAUAGGCUACUCGACCCCACUCACUAUGCUGGACACGUCGAGUAAAAUCAUGAAGGGCACCGCUGGUGAUGCCACCAUCCUUCAACCGUCCUGCAUCACCACUGUACCGUUAAUAAUGGACCGUAUCAGCAAAGGAAUAACGGACAAAGUGUCUCGCAGCGGGGAGUUUGCGAGCGCGUUCUUCAAAUGGGCGUACUCUUACAAGCAGGGCUGGAUGAAGCGCGGUUACGACACGCCGCUGCUCAAUAUUGUGGUGUUCAAGAAGGUCCGCGCGCUUCUUGGCGGGCGCGUACGUCUUAUGAUCGCAGGCGGGGCGCCGCUCGCGCCCGACACACACACGCAGGUGCGGCUGUGUCUGUGUAGUGACGUCAUCGUGGGCUACGGCCUCACAGAGACCACGUCCUGCGCCACCGUCAUGGACCCGCAUGACAGGUCGACGGGUCGAGUGGGAGCGCCUACCACUGGCACCGACAUAAAGCUAGUGAACUGGGAGGAGGGCAACUAUCGGGUUACCAACAAACCAUUCCCACAGGGUGAGCUGGUGAUUGGUGGCGACAGCGUGGCCGAGGGCUACUACCGCAACCCGGAGAAGACGCGCGAGGAGUUCCUGGAUGAGGAUGGGAACCGCUGGUUCAGAUCUGGAGACAUCGCUGAGCUGCACCAUGACGGCUGCUUCAAGAUCAUAGACCGAAAGAAGGACCUGGUGAAACUUCAAGCGGGCGAAUAUGUAUCGCUAGGCAAGGUAGAGGCGGAACUGAAGACGUGUCCAAUAGUUGAGAACAUCUGCGUGUACGGCGACAGUUCUAAGACGUACACAGUGGCGUUGUUGGUGCCGAACCCGCGACACCUGGUGGAGCUGGCGGCGAAGAUCGGCGUGCCCGAGACGGACUUCGAGAAACUGUGCCAGAACGCUGAGGUCGAGAAGGCAGUGGUCAAGGAACUGGCUGAUCAUGCGAGAAAAUGUGGUCUGGAGAAAUUCGAGGUGCCGGCUGCCGUGAAACUGUGUACGGAAGUGUGGUCACCAGACAUGGGUCUCGUGACGGCUGCUUUCAAAAUCAAACGCAAAGAUAUACAGGAAAGAUACAAAGAGGACAUUAAGCGUAUGUACGCCUCCUAAUAAUUCUACACAACACACACAGACGUCGCGCUGUCGCUCCAAUACUCAACUGUCAACGUCAAUGUCAGAUAAAUCUCUUUGUGUCAAUUAUCAUAUGUGGCUAGUUUUACAUGGCAAAGGGUUGGAGUCUUUCAGCCUAAUCAUGUAUUUGUUGUAAUUUUCGUUUAAUUUUAUUUAGUUUAGAUGAAUUUUUGUUUGAUCAUUCGAAUUUUAUAAUAUUGUAUAUAUACAUACAUUGCAUAUAAUAAUAGAACUAAAAUAUUUUAUUUGGCUAGUAUACUCAAUAGUUCUGUAUUUGUUUGUUUUUGGAGCGAUAGACUAGUAUGUGGUGUGUUACUCUUGAGCUAAGGACAUCUUUGUAUCGACUUUAUUCUCAGAAUACUGGUUAUGCCUGUCUCACGCCGAUAUAAGUCUUAUUAAUAGACUAGACCAAAAAGAAUUAAGUCUCCUCAAUCUUUCAUGUAAGUAAGCACUUGUUAGAGUUCAAAAUUAAAUACGGAGACAGAAUUAUUUUGUUGGCAACACUUUGAAGGUAUCUAUCGAGCGUAUAGCGUAUUGGAUUUAAAUUAAUCAAGUACAUUAUUGACAUAUUGUGAAUAGAACAAAGGUCAAAUGCCUUCAAAAAUUAUAUUGAAGAGGGAAUGCGGAAUUACUAAUUAUGUUUUCUAGAAGAACAGUAUCAGUUCCAGCCGAGCGAAACUCUCUAAGAAAAAAGCGAUUCACUCGAUUGUAUGAAACGUGCAGUCAUUGAUAAAUUGACAGUCGACGGCUAUAAACUUGUAAAAAACAGAGAUAGCCGCGUUCCAUCCAAUCCACUACGUUUUAAGCAACUGCUUGUUUUUAAACUUAGCCGGAUUAUAACUCCGUCGCCAUAUUGUGAUUACUAUUUCAAACUUAUGUCAAAUCUCACUGCACGUUUCAUACAAUAUUUCAAUUUUUACUUAGGCAGGCCUUUUAUUACGUAUUAUUAUUACAUCCUCUUUGAUCAGGUCCCCUAGACUUCAUCAUAAUUUAUUUUAAUCCAUACUAUUUGAAUACCCUUGAGACGCUACUGUAAACUAGUGUAACCGGUGAUUGUAAAGUAAGCCCUAAGUGUAUUAGUAAUUAGGUCGGUUUCUGUUUAAAGUCGGUCGUCAUCGUCGCUACGCUUUGCGGCCUCCGUGAGGUUUUUGAUUUAAAUGUAAAUGUUUGUAUGAUUUGUUUGAGAUUAAAAAUCUAUAUCUGUAUAUCGUGCAUCACAUAAUGUUAUAUUAUGUACUAGCGGCGUUUGGGUGGGAUAAUCAAUCGAGCAAUUUGAACUUUUAAGACAUUUUUUGAGAUUAUUUUCUGUGUGUAUAAUGUUUCUGCUAUUUUUUUUUAAUUUUUCAUAUGAGAUUAAAUUUUUUUUGAUAUAGUUCAGGUAUAUAUACAUAAAUGCACAAAUUAAUGCAUGCAAAUGAUUUGCCUUUAGUUUUCUAAUUUAAAUGUAAAUGCUCUCGACAGUUUGGUUAAACUGUGAGGAUGGCAACACUAAAUUAAUUUUGAUUAUCUCAUGUACAGACAUGUAGCUAUAGAUCAUUUAAUUUAGAUUAUAAAUCGAUUGAUUUAGUUUCUACGUCCUAAUAUUGUACAUAUAUAAUUUAUCAUAAUAAAACUAAAUUUAUUAGUAAUAUUGGUGUAUUUUAGUUUUUUUGUAACGAAUAUACAUAGGUGAUAUAUAUUUUAGUAGAUCUGAAAUUGGGAUAAAAAUGCAAUUUGAUGUUUAUAAUAACUCUAUAGACUUUGGCCUAGUACUAGGAUAUUCUUUGUAUAUACACAUCGGUCGUGUCACAAAUAGAAUGUCUCAUUGUGGGAGUGGCUCCGCCAAUAUAUCAAUUAUUUCUACACGAACUUCAAACUAAUAUACCAAUUUUAUUAUUUAAUGUUAUACAUAAAAAUAAUGACUACAUGCAUUGUUUUUUUACUCCACGGUAUUUCGAAGUAAUUGAUCAUCAAAAAGAUUUGCAAGAGCGACAUCUCAAGUUAUUUUCUUAAUAUGCAAACAUUCUGGUUGAGCAGGUUAUCAACUGUAUAGUAGAUCCUGUAGAUGAAGCCACAAGCCGAGAGUUGAACAAAGCAUACAAGGUUUUAUGACGAUACAUCACUCCAACUUUUAGCUCAGUUGGAGGGACCCGCAUCGUUCAUAAAGUUUUGUUUUCAAAUUUUAUUUGUGCAACAAAAAGAACUUUUGAAGUUACCACACAGAUAUUGCAAUUAAUUGAUAUUAAUUGGUGUGGUCUUAGAAUGUAGACUUAAGAUAAUUUGAAGUACUUACGUGGGUGGGCCACUGUUGUAACAUCUUUGUUAAGGAAUGCAUAAUUGCAACCCUGUUAUUUAGUUAGGCGAAUUUAUAAUGUAGUUGUACUCUUUGUAGCAGUCUGUUGGGAGUUCUUGUUCGUUGAGAGAAUUACACUUAAAACAACGCAUUCCGAUCUUUAGCCUCUGUGUUCAGCAUUUUUUAUGCAUUUAAAAGUUAACGUGAGAUAUGAAAUUUUGUUUGACGUUAAAUCGUUCACCCAAUUAGUACAUAAUUAUUUGAUUGUCACAAUUUUUUUUUUAAUAUUAUCCCUAAGUCACAAAAUUUGUUGACCUUAGAUAAUUUAUACGUCUAGAUAGAGUCUCUUGCUGUUAGACAACCGAUAAAACAGGCCAGGUUUAACACAUUAGUGUGCGUAACAAGGUACGUCUUACACUUGCUAUGAUUUGUAUGACACUGUGUCAGUGUCAGUGAAUAGUAAAUAGGGGUUUGUUCUAAAUUCAAUUUUUUUUCGACGUUUUAACAUUUGUCAUAUUGGAUAUCUAAAUAUAUUAAUCGAUGUAAGGUUUACCCGAUUAGUACAUGAAAAUUUGGUUGUCACAAAAUUUUUAAAACAGUAUACCUGUGUCACAAAAUUCGUAGAAAUGCCUAUACCUAACAAUAAUAAUAAAUUUAUUCACUUUAUUCUCUAAUUAUCCUCAGUUGCUAAUGGAAUCGCUUGUAAAAUUAAAGCAAUCUUGUAGAAUACCUACAAUUGUAUGUAAGUGUAAAAUAUUGAAAUUCUUUAAAUAUGUACUAUUUAAUAUUUUAAGCAUGGGUACAUAAUAUUUUUCGAUAUUAAUCGUUUUAAAUUGUAUGUAAUACAUGUAGAAGUCAUUUGCUCAGUUCGUUUGCGUUUCAAAUCGUAAAUGUUUCAACUGAUAACAGUUUUUGUAUUAUUUAUUCGAUAAAUAAAUGUUAAUAAAAUCA